UUAAGUCCCUUCUCCUGACAGCUUGGGCCGACCGGCUCACAGGCUCAACACACAUAACAUUCACUCAGCGCGUUUUACGGUGUGGGCCGUGAGAAAGUUGAGAUGAGAACCAUCGGAAGACAGCGAUAACUAAUGACACAUCUGAGCGACAUAAUGGAAAAACAACCCAGAUUGCUGUCUUCGAGGCUUUUCCAGAAGCACAGACAGUUUGAAGUUGUUCUUAAUCGCAGUUUUUUGGCUUGGAGGGAGAUUGAGAAGAGCAGAAAACGAAGCUCGGACAUCAGCAGUGUGUCUGAAACAGCUCACAGCCAUGCUGUUCAGGUGUGCGAAAUAGUGGCUGUCCGCAAGACUGAAGAAGACAACCAAGACGACAUAAAAACCAGAAGUCAGAAAAAAGCAAAGCAGCAGUCCCAUCUGUAUCCCCAUGCAUUCACAGUUUCAUAUGUGAGGAGGACAAGGCAGCACCAGUGGCGGUGCAGUGAUGUCACCUUCCACUGUGCCAAUCAGGCACUCUGUGAGCAGUGGAUCCAAGUUAUCAAUGAGCAGCUGACACUAUUCACCAACCGACCAAAGAGCCUCCUGGUGUACAUCAAUCCCUACGGCGGAAAGCGGCACGGGAAGCGCAUUUACGAGCAGAAGGUGGCUCCACUGUUCCGUUGCGCCCGCAUCUCAGCGGACGUGAUUGUUACAGAGCGUGCCAAUCAUGCCAGGGACCACUUGAAAACAGAGGCCAAUCUGGAUAAAUAUGAUGGGGUGGUGUGUGUGGGUGGAGAUGGGAUGUUCAGUGAGAUCCUGCACGGGUUGGUCACCAGGACCCAAACUGACCAUGGCAUGGACCAGAACCAACCAGAUGCUGAGUUGGUGCAGUGUUCUCUACGCAUAGGGAUCAUUCCUGCAGGGUCCACUGAUUGUAUCUGCUUUGCCACAGUGGGAACCAAUGAUCCAGUUACUUCUGCUUUACACAUCAUUGUGGGUGAUUCCCAGCCGAUGGACGUGUGUUCGGUUCACCACAACAACACCUUCCUCAGAUACUCAGUCUCAUUGCUUGGCUAUGGUUUCUAUGGAGAUGUGCUGACUGACAGCGAGAGGAAGAGAUGGUUAGGUCCUGCCAGAUAUGACCUCUCAGGGGUAAAAACCUUCCUGAGCCACAACUACUACGAAGGCACCGUCUCUUUCCUCCCUGCCGACGACAACGUGGGGAACCCCAGGGACAAGCUGCGGUGUCGAUCCGGGUGCCAUGUCUGUCAGCACAAGCCCCUGUCAAAGGACAAGCAGUGGGAGACGUCAGAGGAGAAGGAAAAGUCUGAUAAAGGUGGCAGCAGUGGUUGGAGUGUGAUCCGUGGAAAGUUUAUUGCCAUUAAUGCCGCCAGUAUGAGUUGUGCAUGUCCCCGCAGCCCAAAAGGCCUUUCACCCUCCGCCCACCUCGCUGACGGCACCACAGACCUCAUCCUUGUCAGGAAGUGUUCCCGUUUGGACUUCUUUAGACACCUCCUUCGACACACCAACAAAGAAGACCAGUUCGACCACUCGUUUGUGGAGGUCCACCGGGUGAGGGCGUUUCAUUUUCAGCCGAAGCACCAGGAACUAGCUUCGCUAGAAGACCUGAGUGAGACUCCGAAGAAGACAGGCUUCACUCCCAUAUGCUCCAGCCAAACAACCUUCAACUACAGCAAAUUCCACAGCAGCUGGAACUGCGACGGGGAGAUCCUGCCUCACGCUGCCAUCAAAGUCAGUGUCCAGUGCCAACUGAUCAGGCUGUUUGCCCGUGGUAUCGAGGAGCAGCAGCAGCCACAGCAGUGUGUGUUUGAGGACCCUUGUACACUGUGGGCCCUGGAGCCAAGCACACACUAGUCAGUGGACUGAGAUCUGGACGGGCCAUUUAGCCGCUAGAAAGGAAAACACAAAGUUGGCACUUGGCAAGAUUUUCCUGGAAAAAAACAUGCAUCACAUCAGUGUAAACCCCAAAUGCUGGCAUACCAUCUCCCUUUACUGUGUUGCAGGUUUUCUUUAUACACAGGGAGUGGUGUAAAAUAACUCCAAAAUGAAGAUAGAGCCACCAGCCUUAAAAAAAAGGAAAGAUGGAGAUCCAAAGAGACAUCACUGAAGCCCGCAGAAUCCCGUUAUCUCCUUUCAACUAUUUUUUUUUUAAUCUGUACAUUUCUCAAAAAUGAAGAUGUUGAAACUCAGAGGGUCUGGGUGUUCACACAGCCACAUGCAACAGAGCUGAACUGGACUGAGCUGGACUCAGCCACGACGAUCAGCCAAUUUUGCCAUGAAGGAGAGCGCAAAUAGGAUUUCUCCCCAUGCAGAGAAGAGAGGCAGCCAAGGAGAUACAGCUUUGUAACAAGGAUGAAGAAGAAAAUGUCUGUGAAGUACACUGAUAAACUGAAAAGACUCAAAAUGCCAGGGCUGCACCAUAAAAAAAACCCACACAUGCAAUCUGAUCUUCCCUUUUUGGGAAAAAAAAUCAUUUCAUCUGUGACCCAGGUGAAAGCAGAUAUGAGCCAGGGGCACUAAUGAAAAGAGCUGAAUACCCUGCUAAUACAGUAACAGGACCCCGGUGGCUUCUGGGUAAUAAGGCAAAGUGGUUGCUAAGUGAUUUGGUGUGUCUCAGCACUGCUGCACCGCACCUGUGGCUCUGAGCUCUGUGCCUCUCUGGCUAAAAACCACAGACAGUUCACACAUCACCUGGGAUUAGCUAGAAUUAUACAUUGUUAAAGUUAUUAGAGAUAAUCUACUGUAUGCCUCUGAAAUUAGCCUCAUUUAGCUCCUUUUAGUCGUAGGUCAAGCUGGUCUUGAUUUGUCUUGAGAAAGGUCAUUGGAGAAGAAAACCAGCAACUUCUAUUUUUUCUACAUGUAUACAUGAGGGUAAGUUAUAUGUGUGUGUGUGUGGUUCAUUGUGUUUUCCACAAUCCCUUUAGAGACAUGCAAUUAUUGGAAAGUGUGUGUGUUAAUGUGUUUGUGAAGGUGCCAAUGUGAUGAGUUAGCUUUAUCACAAUUAGCCUCAUGGCUGCCAUUUUGCAGAUGCUCUCUCACUGCAGCCAACACACUGCUAACACAAGCACCUAUAGAUGAGCAAAGACAGGCGCGCGCACACACACACACACACACACUUUCUAUCUUUCUAUAAUGCUACUUCUGAUAUUAAGUGUAUUUCUGCCUCAUGCAACUUCACAUACACACACAAACACACACUCCUUAACUUUUAACACCAUAAAAGCUUUGUCCUCUCUGUGAAUCCUCUCCAGUUCAGUAAAUUCUGACUCUGGAUGUCGUUAUUGCUUCACCUUCUGCACUCACUUUUGUCAACUUACAGUGUGAUGCUCUUUCAAUGACUCAGAUGCUUUUAAAUCCUCACACACACACACACACACACACACACACACACACACACACACAAAUGUACAUACAGAGACACACAAACUGUGGAAGCAAGGAGUGUUUUACAGUUACAGAUUGAUUCUGAAGUAAGUCAAAGUGAAAUUUGAAUUCCCUUCACUUUUGUGUAAGGAAUUAUGAACUGAAGUGAUAUUGCAGCUAUAGGAAGCUAGCAGCUGGACAAACUAGCUACCAUCAAUGGCUUCCCCUUUUAUUUCGAGUUGUAACAUACAGAGUAGCUGUUUUCAGUUUUUUAUUUUAGGUGGAGUCACAGAGUAUGGACUGCUGAAAUGACCAGGUAGCCUACUACUAAAUGGCUAACAACGUUAUUCCCCAAACAUGUUAAUUGUCUGUGUGCCUGUUGGUUUUGAGUUGAUAUUAUGAUCUGUUUAUAGCUUUAUAGAUUUCUUUGCAGUAUUUACAGCAGUAGAUUUUAGUAUGCUGUGCUCUCCAUAUUUGAUAAACAAAUUACACUGUGAUUUUACAAAAAUGCUAAAUAAAGUUUAGUUCUUUUUCUGUC